UUCUUAACCAAAUAAAACAUAACAGCCACGGAGGAAACCCUACCCAUCUUCUCGUCUCUACCACAAUCUUCACCUGCAAAUCACCCUUUCUUCAUCCGCUUCAUCUUCCUCCUUGCUCCAUCACCCGUCAGUCAAUCUCGCUCGAAAUCCUGUAUGUUGUUAAGUGUUUGACUCGAAAUCAUAAUCUAGCUUUCUGAGGAUUGUUGGAACUUUCUAGACGUUGACUGUUUGGAUCAUCUUCGGAUUUGAAGAUCCGGCUAUCGGGGGAUUGCCAAUUUUACACCGAGAAAUUCUAGCAGGAAUUCGAGAAAUUAGAAAAUGGAGCUGAGUACCAUUAAAGAUGCCUUUGAUCGUGUCACAAAGAAGCAAAAGGUUGCAUCAUCAAAGUCUCAAGAAGUGAUAGAGCAGAUCAGUCAUGAAAUAGAACAAGCACUGUUGAGAAUACAGUCAGCUAAUGAUACUGCAUCUCUGAGUGAACACAAAGUGAUUCUUAGUGAACUUAAAGCCAAGUUGAAGGAAGUUGCUCCACUCAGUCAGAUGGAAGGAACACAAAAAGAAUUAAAUGUUGCACUAAGCAAGUACCCGAAGCUCCUUGAGAAGUCACUCAAUCCUGAUAUAUCAAAGGCUUACAGGAAUGUUGGUUCUGAUAUCCAUACUGUUAACCAGAUAAUUGCCAGCCAUUUCUACCGGGAAGGCCACUUUGAUCUUGGUGAUUGUUUCGUUAAUGAGGCCAGAGAAUCUGAAGCUGCAGACCAAAAAUCUCCUUUUCUGCAAAUGUAUCAAAUACUUGAAGCCAUGAGGUCUAGGAACCUGGAGCCAGCUCUGAGUUGGGCCACCACGAAUAGUGAGAAACUUAAGCUUAGUGGAUCUGAUAUUGAAAUGAAGCUACACAGGCAGCAGUUUGUAGAAAUUCUGCAAAAAAGAGGUAGAGAUGGAGCUUUAAACUAUGCUAGAACUUUCUUCCCACCUUUUGCCACCAAAUAUUUGGCAGAGAUCCAGAGGCUCAUGGCCUGUCUAUUGUGGGCUGAGAAACUGGAGUCCUCACCUUACUCAGAUUUACUAUCACCUCUCCACUGGGAUAAAUUGGCUGAAGAACUUGCUCGGCAGUUCUGCAAUCUCAUGGGUCAAUCCUAUGAGAGUCCGUUGAGUGUGACCAUUGCGGCAGGUGUCCAGGGAUUGCCAACCCUUCUGAAACUGAUGAAUGUGAUGACUGGGAAAAAGGCGGAAUGGCAAUCCAUGAAACAAUUACCCGUGCCAGUAGACUUGGACAGAGAAUUUCAGUUCCACUCUAUCUUUGUCUGUCCAGUGAGUCGGGAUCAGGCAUCUGAGGAGAAUCCCCCUAUGCUGAUGUCUUGUGGGCAUGUGUUAUGCAAGCAAUCUAUUACCAAACUGUCAAAGAAUAACAACACACGGCCUUUCAAGUGUCCCUACUGCCCCACGGAGGUUGAGGUCGGUCAGUGCAGACAAUUGUUCUUCUAGUAGGAGUUGAUCACCUCGGCGUUUGUAUUAAAAUCUUCUUGCUACCCCUCUUUAUCUCUAUGCUCUGUGAACUCAAUUCCCGUUCGUUCGUUACAACUUACAUGGUUGGUGGUACCUCUGACCAUAGUGUUAAUUGUGCUUAAGCUGCUCUAUUCUAUGUACUAUGGUAAAUUGGUUGUAUAUAGGAAUUCUUUACCAUUUCAUGCAAAUAAGCUGCCUUAAGUCAUUCAGUUCA